AUGUCAUUUCGCAUGGCUCCUAAUAUGUCCGAGCUAAACGCCAAAAUAUUGGAGCGCUGCGAGGAAGAGGAUGAUGCUGGUAUAAAUUGGUCCGACAGCGACGUUUCGGAGAGCGAGCGUGCCAACUGUCUUGGCCAGUUGCGCGGAUUGAAAGAAGUCUCGACGUCGCAGCGCAUUUUGCCCCCAGUCCAUGUCGUGUUGGCACUCGAUACUAGCAAGAGCAUGGAGCGUCGUGAUGUCGACGGGGGAUCCAGGUCUCAGGCCGUGCUCAAAGCUUGCCGCAAGUUUCUCGAAGAGCAGUCCGCCAGCCAGCACAAAGCCGAGGACAGGUAUAGCUUGCUCGCGUUCAGCAGGGAUGCCGUUGUGCACUUCAAGCGGCUCUCGCUUUCAGCAUGCCGCGAUCAAUUGCUCCACUGCCCGGGGCCGAAGCUCAGGCUCGAGGCGCGUUUCUCUGCGGCGUUCAAGGGGAUCAUGGAGCUCAUCCGAGAGGGCCAAGACUCAUUGGAGUCGGCGGGCGCUCCAGAGGACGUGCAGGUCGUCAUGUGCUCGGGCGGCCAGUCUGUGGAGCCCGCAGGGUCAGUCGAGAACCUCCUGGAGGUCGGUCUUCUCGCGCACCCUUGUGUUCAGAACCUGCGGGGGUUCGCAGUCCACACCGUUGGCUUCGGAUCUGGCAAUCGGAAGCUUCGUUUGUUCCCGGGCGGCUACUGUCAAGGCCUUGAGAUUUCCGAAACUGGCAUCGUGACUCAGCUGUCCCAGAACGCGCAAAAUCUUGGCCUCAAUAUCUAG